CGAGAUCUGCUGUUUAGACACUACAUUUUGCGCCUUUCCCGUGGGCUCAACUAGCAGAAUGUAUCUCAAGGCGGUAGGACUUUUAGUGUUGGCGAUAGUAAUCAAGGAAGGGACAUGCGCCGGUCAUAAGGGGUAUUCCUUUCAACAUCAUCAUGGUCCUGUGACGGGACACGACCAGAAGGUUACGUGGACUGAUAAACAUGGACACCAUCACCAUGAUUACGUAGCUGAACCCCAUUACAAAUAUUCUUACGGAGUCCAGGAUCAUCACACUCAUGAUAUGCAUGGCCAGAAAGAGCAUGGAGAUGAUCAUGGCGUCGUUGGAGAAUAUUCUGUGCACGAACCCGGUGGCAACGUGAGGACAGUGAAAUAUUUCUCAGACCACAACGGAUUCCACGCUGAAGUCCACAACAGCCAUGGCUGGAUUCACCACUACUGAGUCACCCCAUAAUUCAACAAAUGUUCACAAGUCAUUCAUUCAAUAAUCUGUCACUCCCGUUUUAUCUCUGAUUCAACUGAAUAAUAACCACUGAUUCAACCAAAAAAUUGCGAAAUUUGUCAUCGGGAAGUUGUAUCUUAUCGGAGGGGAUAGGAGGGGACUGAAUGCAUUUAUCAAUCGGUUGGAGUUUACUUUGCGUAUUUGUCGAGAAAGAUAUAAAUCAUCGGAAAUAGAUCGUGAACAAUGCACGGAUAAACCACCCAUGUACACCGCGUUGUUUAUC